AUGAAGGAUGGCAUUUGGUCGUCCGGGGAUACUUUGAUCUUCCAGUCACAGUAUCACCAAGUGCAAAUGGUUUUGAAAGAUGCGUCGCGGCCUUUACCAGUGCCGGAAGACCCAUCUUCACUGCAUGAAGCAUCUUCACGGUCUUCACUCCGAGAGCAGACACCGACGCGGCCAGAGGCGGAGUCAGAGAUACACAUGUCCAAGCCUGAGGGACCCAAGGAGACUGAGACGUUGAAUGAGGAGCCAAAUGGCGUGUCAAGAGACCCCAAGAAGCCCAGGUACAUUCCAGGCCACGUCCCAACGCAUGUCCCAGAUUUCGCACCAGCGUACUACGUACUAGCGGACGCACCACUGUUCAAUGGGUCAUGGGCCUACAUUGCUGGGGCCACGGAGCCUGACUUUAAGCAGCAAAAGAAGAGGAAGCCAAAGUCCAGGGAACACGAGGCCAAGGAACGCGAAGCCAAGGAGCCCGAAGUCAAGGAGCCCGAAGUCAAGGAACCCGAAGUCGAGGAGACCUCAACCGUGAAGCCCACACUUUCCAAGCCUGCGUCUCUAGAUUUUGAAGCAACAAAACUCGAGGAGAUCAAAAUCAGUGACUGGUGGGAUUACCACAUUGGUGCCGCAAACGAGUCUGACUUUGAGACGAAGAAGAAGAGGGACCCUAAGUCUAAGGCGGCUGACACAAAGGGGCCGGUACCUUCAGAGCUUGCGUCUUCGGAUUCUGGAGCUACAAAACUCGAGGAGAUGAAAGUCAGUGAUUGGUGGGAUUACCAUAGAUGGCGCCCAUGA